AAAGCAAAGAGCUCUGUUCACUGCACGUAAAACUUUCCUGCUGUUUUUUUUUAAUGGAGACCUAAUUUUCGCUUGCCUGUUCGAAAAACGCUAUCAGAUUCGCAUCGGAUUUUAAGCUAUCACCACCGUGAAUAUGAUAUGGUUAUCGUUGUGGUCAAGGGAUAGGAAUGAACCCGAUAAAGACGAGAUCUGAAUCUAGUUUUAAUUCUUUCUGUCGACACUGACUUUGAUAUAAAGCAUGGCAAAGUCGCAAAUGAUUGGAGCGCUGUUGUGUGCGAUGAUGAUCGCUGCAGUGAAGGGGCAAACCUACACAGUACAAGACAUAGCAGAUAUGCAAAACCAGGUAAUCUACGAACUGUUUGAUUAUUUCCAUUUCUCCCAAGAGAGGCAGCUCACUACCGCCUUUGAAAAACUAAAGCAGAUUGAAGGCCGUCUAUUACAAGCAGAGCGAGCUCUCGGGAUUGACGGGAGUAACGCUCCUGCUGUACCUGGCUUUGUCCGACCGACGUCGGUGUAUCGGCCCGAUCCAGAGCGUCGUAAUGAGUACCAUAGACGGAAACCACCUCAGGCGUCACGCGCAACGGCAUUCCCGCGUAACCUUCCGGUUGGCCGCGUGACGUCGGCCCCACCGCGUCCACCAACCUGGGCACCACCCAGACAACCUCAGACCACACUCGCCCCUAAUCCACCCACCCGUCCACCCUACGCAAAGACAUGUGCUGAGAUUAAUGAGCAAGGUCUUCUGUCACCUGAUAUCCCUAUGUAUUCUAUAGAUCCUCUGAAUGACAAUAACCUGGUGAAUGUUGUAUGUGAGAAAGGGAGACGUCUUGAUGGUACCCAGACGGUUUAUACCGUCAUAGGACAUUCACAGUUGAGAGGUGUCGACAAAGAGAUCUUGGUGACUGGACACGAGAGUCCAGGCUCGUACAGUCUCAAACCUGUAUACGACGCGAACAAAAAGCAAUUGAAGGCUGUGACCGCUUCCUCAAGCUCCUGUGAACAGUUUAUCUCCUACCGGUGUCAGGGUUCAGUUCUUAUGCAACGGUCACCUGAGACAGGUACAACGUAUGGCUGGUGGGAAACCAUAGACGGUGAUCGGGUUGAGAGUUGGGGUGGUGCACCUUUCAAUAGCAGUAUGUGUGCUUGUGGAGUGAGGAGAAGGUGUACGGAUCGACGACGACCGUGUAACUGCGACGCCAACAAGAUGUCAUCGGAUGAAGGCUUCAUCAUGGAUAAAGAAUUUCUUCCAGUUAGUGAUGUGCGAUUGGGUGAUACUGGUGGUAAAAAAGAGAAAGGUUUCCUCGAACUCGGACCUCUCCGCUGUGAAGGCUUAGCCUAGUAGUUCACUGAUUCAUGUCGUCAUCGAUGACAAUGACGACCACCAGGCAAUGACACAUACAGUACAUGUUUACCAUGAAUAGUCAGAUUGAACAGUCUUUAUUUUAAUGAUACUUAAAAAAGGAAAUGAAUCAUAAUCCACCCUGCUGUUGACGUUUUUAAUUUGCAUAUAGCAAUAUUCAAUCGUAGAAAUGUGUAGUACAUGGUUCAAAAAUAUUGUAGCAUCAUCAUUAACAGGGGAUAUGUCUUACUUGUAUUCUAGUUCUAUUUUUUUUUUAAAUGGUGGGUUGGCCCUAUUUCAUAUAUUCGUUCGCUUCCCUUUUUCUUAUGUUAUUUGACUGAUGUAACGGUGAUGGCCGUUACGAGAAAAUACCAAUGUCUGUAUCAAUCUGAAAAAUAUGUAUUUUUUAUGAAUCGGAGUUAUUUUAGGCUUCAAGGACAAAAUUUGCUGAUGCCAAAAUUACAUUAAUAUAAAUGUUUACUGCCGAUAAAAUGAGUGUCGUUGAAUAACAUGGCGGCAUAUUUUCUCUCUAGGGAAAUGUAUUUCUAUAUUUUUAACAGAAAUGUGCCUCCGUAUCUUAACUUGUUGAUGAAUGAUUCGUCUUCGUGUUUAAACCACUUUCACACCAACGGGCCGACCAAAUCGUAUUUCAAAUGACAAAUACCAUCGAUUAGUCUGGAGUCGGUUUCGUGGGUAUGACUGUACAACUUUCUGGGGAGCAUUUCAUGAAAGGACUUGUAAGAUCUUUUAUCCGACAAGUACUUUUUUAUCCGACAGUUACCAUGGUAAUAGCAACUCUAAGCCAAUCAUUCUCAAGGAGAGUAGUCAGACCUGACAACUUGUCUGAUGAAAACAUUAAUGAAAUGCUCCCCUGUUGAUAAACUUUUUGCAAAGAUGUUGGGUGUUCAUUUUACUGGUCACUCAGAUUUGUUUUAAUUUGAUAAAAUAUCUACAAAUAGGGAAACGCUAAAAGACAUAAGCCAUGGAUGAGAAAAUUGAAAAGAAUAAUAGUUUUCGUUCUGUACAUUUCACUUUAUAAUCUGUAUAGUAUUGAAAAUCUUAUUCACGCUGUCUUUUCGAUUUAAUCUGGAAAGGCAGAAGAACGUACAAUAUUUCUUUAAAAAACAUUUUAAUGAACCUUUUUUUUUAUAUUUAAAUCAUACUAGAAGUUUAACUAUAGUUUGUCCUUUUUAGAUUAUUAAACGUUCAUGGUCUACAAGACCU